AUGGUUAGCAGCCAUAUCUAUAUGUCCGCUGUUCAUCUCCUCCUGAUUUUUUUCUUCUCUUUGCUUGCAACUGCAUCCUACUUGCAAAUUAUCAAACCCGUUUCAUGCACCAAAAGCCCUAUUUUUAGAUGCUCCGAGAUUGAGAAAAAAGCACUUCUUAGCUUCAAAGAAGGUCUCAUAGAUCCAUCAGGUCGUCUCUUUUCUUGGGUUGGUGAGGAUUGCUGCGAUUGGACAGGCGUUACCUGUGACAACACCACCGGGCAUGUCGUCAAGCUUGACCUCAAAAAUCCAUUUCCGGUGAGUGAAUUUUAUUUUCUCAAUGAAGAAAGUUCGACCCCAUAUACAGAAUAUGAGUAUCGUCGUGAUGAAGUAGAACAAGCUUACCACAAGUCAUGCUUGGGGGGUAAGAUAAGUCCUUCAUUACUCAAUUUACAGCAUUUGAGUUACCUAGACCUAAGCUUGAAUAAUUUUAAUGGAUACACUGUUCCGAGGUUUUUGGGUUCCCUUGAGAGUUUGACAUAUCUCAAUCUCUCUUUCUCAAUGUUUGCCGAAAUUAUUCCUACCCAUCUUGGGAAUCUAUCAAGGCUACAAUAUCUAGACCUCAAUUCAUUUUCAUCCUCCAUCGACCUUUAUUAUUCCUCUCCAACAUUGGAGGUUGAAAGUCUGCAGUGGCUUGCUGGUUUUCCUUCUUCUCUUAAGUACCUUAAUUUGGGAAAUAUUAAUCUUCAGAAAGUACUAAAUUGGGUUGAUGCGGUUAAUAUGCUCCCUUCCUUGGUGGAGUUGCACCUAGUUAACUGUGGACUUGUUAGUCUUCCUCAAUCUAUUUCCUCCAUCAACUUCACAUUGCUUUCAGUGCUUGAUCUCUCUUCCAACAGUUUUAACUCCUUCAUACCUCACUGGUUGUCAAAUGUGAGUGGCCUUUCAACAAUCAAUCUUGAUUCCAGUUCACUUAGAGGUGCUAUUCCAAUUGGUUUGGGACAUCUAACCAGCUUGCGCAGCUUGGAUAUAGCUGGCAACCAUUUUACUGGAAAGAUUCCGAGCUCAUUUGCCAACCUUUGCAAUUUGCAAACAUUAUAUCUGCGGAGCAACAAUAUAAGUGGGGAGAUAACCGAGUUUGUGAACGGCUUGUCUCAAUGUUCCAACAGUAGCAUGGAGUAUCUAGAUUUGAGUAAAAAUAGGUUCCUUGGGGGGAAAUUGCCCUAUUCAUUGGGAGGACUCAAGAAUUUGAAAACUAUUGAAUUCCAAGGUUGUUCUUUUUGGGGUUCAAUUCCAGAUUCUAUUGGAAACAUGUCUUCAUUGCAAACAUUUGACCUCUCGAACAAUAAAAUGAACGGAACAAUUCCAGAAAGCAUCGGGAAACUGUCAAUGCUUGUUUCGUUGAGCCUUGCUCGGAAUUCUUGGGAAGGUGUCCUAAUUGAAGCUCAUUUUCAAAGUCUCACCCGAUUAAAAUCUCUUAGCUUGUCUACGAAAUUUUCUGCGAAAUGGACAUUGGUUUUAGAUGUCAAACACGAUUGGGUUCCUCCUUUUAUGCUAACGGAAAUUAAAUUAGAAAAGAUGCAGAUCGGCCCAAACUUUCCAGCGUGGCUAAAAACACAAAAUGAACUCAAAUAUCUUUGGCUCAACAAUGUUGGCAUUUCUGACACCAUUCCGCAUGACCUUUGGAAGUUUUGCCCAAAUGUCACCUCUUGGAGUCUAUCCGGGAACAAACUACGUGGACAGGUACCAUACUUUCAAUUUCACCCUUUGGCAUAUUAUAUUGAUUUGAGUUCCAACCACUUAGAGGGUCCACUCCCACUUUUUCCUGGUAAUUUGAGUGACAUAUCUCUCUAUAAUAAUAUGUUUUCUGGACCUAUUCCUGAAAACAUAGUGGAGCUACUACCCAAGUUAUCUUGGUUGGACCUGUCUUCAAAUACAAUUACUGGUAGAAUUCCCUACUCUAUUGGAAAGCUAAAGGAAUUGACAUGUCUUAUUUUGAGAAACAAUUCCCUAUCCGGGAAACUACCCCCUCAUUGGAAGGAUUUACAACAGUUAUGGUUGUUGGACUUGUCAGAGAACAAUAUAUCCGGUAAUGUUCCCAGUUCAAUGCGACAUCUGGGUUCAUUAGGGGUAUUAUCAUUGGGCCAAAAUCAUCUUGAAGGAGAGCUUCCCUCUUUCUUUAGAAACUAUGGAAACUUGCAAACCCUUGAUCUUGGAGGAAACAAAUUCUCUGGAAAACUUCCAACAUGGAUAGGAGAAAGUCUACCAUAUUUAUUGAGGUUAAGCCUAAGGUCCAACUUGUUUUAUGGGAACAUACCUCAACAAUUAUGCCUUCUUUCAGGUUUUCGAAUCCUAGACCUUGCACACAAUGAAUUUUCAGGAGCAAUCCCUCAAUGUUUAGGAAGCUUCAGCAAUGAUAAAAAUAGUGAAAUUCCAUAUGGUGAGCAAAUGAUGCUGGUUUCAAAAGGAAGAGAAUAUCUAUACGAUGAUUCAAUCCUUUAUCUUGUUCAUUCAAUAGACCUUUCAGUUUGA